GUGGUUUGCUGCUCCCUGCACCCGAUAUCAAAGAAGAACUCCAUGCAUUAGUUAACGAAACGAGGCUGACCGCGGCCAGCUAACUAAAACGCAAAAACAUGCAAGAAAAGAAAAGAAAAAGCAUACUGGAAGCAGAGAAUAUGAUCGAUCGAAGCCGCGUGCAUGAGGCGUGUGAUCUGGAUCCAGCCCCAAGUGCCAUUUACCAGACAUCAGGGUUUGGUAGCCUGCAUCCCGCAAGAGCUCCGACAGGGCGACGACUCGGUCGUUCAAGUAGCCUUCAUACCCAGGCUUGCCGCGCUGGAACUCGGUCUGAUUCUCGCUCAUCGUCCCCAGGCCGGCGAUGUCUACACGGUGGAGGGGGCGCGCGGGCUGCCUGUCAGUCUUUCUAUCCCACUAGGGGGUCAUCGUUGCAUAUACGGAGCGAAUGGUUCAGGGGUUCAGCAUGUAUUUACGGUUAUCAGUGCCAGAGAGCAGCAUCGAACGCGUGGGCGAGCAGGCAGCCGCUGCGUGGAAGUCUGUGAAUCGCACUCCUCCGUUGCCGGCGAUGCUGUCGAUGUGAGGUGUCUUGAUCUCGCCGCCGAAGCAGCCUGCAUCCGAGAAGCCCAGGUCAUCGGCGACAAUCACAAGGAAAUUCGGUCGUGAAGCCAUCUUCUUGCGUCUCGUUGCUUUUCUGGC